UCACAAUGCAAAAAUUUCUAAAUAUUUUCUGCGCUCGAGCGCCAGUGAUUGCCACAUUCCAGAAUGUUGUGCAUACCAGCACUGCAUUAUGGGAUAGAUGGAAGCCAUUUGCAGUAGAAUUUAUACAACAGGGAUGUGUCGCUGAGGAGUAAACACAUCGAAAAAACGACGAACUGAAGGAUUUUUAAAUUGAUUUUGAAGUAUUUCACACUUGAAGAAGACUGAAAUAUUAUUAUGUGAUUCCGUAGACAAAAAGCGAUUCCCGAUUGCGCUUUUUGACACAAGAAUGCCUUUGAUUAAACGAGAAAUUCAACCGGUUUACGUAAGCCGGGUGAAACUUCAGAAAGGUCUAGUAAACGAGUUUGAAUGUGUGUCAGUUAGUACGCUUUCUGGUAUAAUACGACAGAUCAGUAAUUUGGCGAAAUAUUCCGAAGAUGUUUUUGAUGAGAUUCUCCACGAAGCAGACAGUUUACAUAAACGAGCGACAUCUUUGCAAGGAAGGAUAUCUGGCCUGGCUCAAAAAGUCACUCAACUCGACUCAUCCGUUGAGGAAAGUAUGUGUGCAAAUCGUUAUUUGUCUUGGUUAUUUAAACUUUAGAUUGUUAAUAAAUCAUGGCUACUGAGAAAUUAAUGAUAAUUUAUUGUAUGUCUAAGCCGUGUUCGAUGGCAAAUCUGAUUAUAGAAGUUACAAUUAGGAAAGUUCCUUGAUAUAUUAUAUAUAUAUUUGGCGAUUUUCAUUUUUCAGAUUUUAUUUCAAUUUAAAUGCAUAUGAGUAGGAGUAAACAUCAUCCCUUAGAACAUAUUAAGAUAUUCGAAAGUGUAUCUAUUAAAUGUAUUGCAAUAAGAAUGCGUAUGUUCAUGUCAUAUAUAUAGAGUAAACAAACUUGAAAUUUAUUCAACCGUCUGUCAUUGUCUGCAUAUUUUUCAGCAAUACUCGCGCCAAAGUGUAGGUUAAUUUCAGUGCAAUAUUAAAUUUAAUUCCUUAGGAUGACAACGGUGUUUUAGCCUUGGGAGUAUUAAAUUUGUCUGGCUUUAAAAAGAGUAAAACAAUUUAGUGAGUACUUUUGCAUUGUGGCUUAAUAACUGCGUUUUAAAGCCACCCACCACUUUCCACUUGACAAGUAAAAUUGCCUGACAUUAGAUGGGCUCUUUUAGGGUGGGUAUGAAUGUCGCUUGUCAGAUUUUCAAAACAAGUAUUAAAUAUUACUGCUUGAAAUCUAAGCGAUAUUGCUUUGAAAUUUUAUUUUAUUUUUUUCUACCUUUUUCAUGUCGCUGUCAAAAUUUAAUUAAACAACAUUUGUGUCGUAUGUUGCAAUUUCAUUUUCUGUAUGUCACCAUUUCAAUGAUAUAUUGCCUACCAGAAUUUACCCUAACAGUGCCUCGCAUAGCGAAGUAGGACAACAAAGUAUAAUGCAACUCGAUGGGUUAUCAAGAGAUAUGGUAGAUGAAUGAAUUAACAAAACACACUACCAUAGGAAGCAAUUUUGUAUUGGGGCUGAUUGUCAGGGGCAAUUAUUAGGGUUUUAUUUCCCUCUCAAACUUUACAGAUUAUCACUAGUUUACAAAUUAUUGGGGAGGCCCCCCCCCCUGGUGUCUACGGCCCUGAACACUUUUCAAGUAAAAUCAUCUGGCAUUAGACAAAGUAAUAUUGUCGGACAUUAGACAGAGUAAAAUUGUCUGGCAUUAGACAAAGUAAUAUUGUCUAGCAUUAGACAAAAUAACAUUAUCUGGCAUUAGACAAAGUAAAAUCAUCUGGCAUAACAAAGUAAUAUUGUUGGGCAUUAUACAAAUAAAAUUGUCUGGCAUUAGACAAAUUAUAAUCUUUAUCUCUCUUUCUAGUUUCCCUACAAGAUAUCAAUAUAAAAAAGGCAUUCAAGUCUACAGUUAUAACAGACCAACAAGUUGUGGGUAGAGCAACGUUGCCCAAAUCUAUGUUUGAAAGAUACACUGCAUGUGAUGCCCCACCUCGACUGCAGAAUAUGAAUUCAUAUCGAGAUGAUGGUAAAGAUGCGCUGAAGUUUUAUACUGACCCAACUUAUUUCUUUGAAUUAUGGAGAGAAGAAAUGAAAAAAGAACAAGACAGGAAAAAGAAGAAAAAGGUAAAAUGUUUUGGCACACAAUAAGGCCCCGUUUACACUAUACCGGAUUGCUAUCGGAGUGGGUCAAAUUUUGUAGUUAUCGAAAGGCUGUGAAGAUUUUUAAUCUCAGAGACCCAAAUAAACAUGCCAAUUCUGUCAAACUAAUAAGCAUUUGCUACUAACCAUUGCUCCGUAACGGCAAAAGAAGAUGUCGUGACCAGCGAAUCCGGUAUAGUGUAAACAGGGCCUAAAUGUAAGAUCAAAGAACGUCUGAGGAUAAACACCUCGAGAUGUAACAAUUGUGGGUUUAGAACAAAAUUAGAUUAACUCUUAGUGGCAAAAGGUUGUGGGUUUGAUUCCGAUAUGAUCAAGUCUUGCCCAGGGCGGAGUCACUCAGAGUGAGAAAUCAAAGGUAUGGACUUAAAGUCUGUAAACAAGAUAUUAUGUUUUGGUUUUAUUAUAAAUAGUGGGGACAUUUGUUCUUACCAUGUAUAAAUGGCCAUAAUAACAAAUGGGUCUUUCAGCCAUAACUCUGUGAACCAAAAGAUUUUGGGAAUUAAAGUUUACAUCAACACAAGGCAACCAAAUAUGUUGGCAACCAAAAUUUGCAUUUCUGUGUGAAGUGCUCACAAGUGAUUUACAAAUGUUAACCACUUAUUGAAGUAUCCAGUAGGUUCCUUUUCAAAAGACACUCCUCUUGAAGGGUAAAAUAAUAUAGUUGGUGCAUUUGGGUGUGUUGCUGCUUGUGAUACAUGUAUUAUUAUAUUUUGCAGAAACACAACCGGAGUGCAGGCAGAACACAGUCUCAAGUGAAAGUAAAACAUCUCAAGAGAAAAGUAUAUUCUGGUAAAGAUAAAGAAUUAGAAACAUCCAGUGCAAAAUAUUCUAUAGAAGAUAGCUCAGUUGGAACCAAUGAAAUUAAACCUCCUGAACAGAAUGGCUCACUUCCAAGCCCCCCACAAGCAUUAUCUCCUGAUGGGACAAUUAUGUAUGACGAAAGACGAGCAACGUCAGCCUCGCGAAGAGGAACCGCAGCAAAAAUGCCCCGCCCCGCUACAAAACCACCUCCACCCCCUCCGGUGCCAAGUCAAGUAGAGGACUUCCCAUUACCCCAACCACCCCCAGAUUUCCCACCACCACUAUCACUGGAUGUCCCUCCGCCGCCACCACCACCACCUGACCCGAAUAUCUUUGCACCACCACCACCACCUUUGCCAACCAUCCAACCAAAUCACCUCCCAUCCUCAAUAACCCCAAAUGAACCUGCACAGCCCCCCGAACCCAAGCCAAUUGAUGCUCGGACUGACCUACUGGAAGCCAUUCGGACUGGGAUGAAGUUACGGAAAGUACAAGUGGAAUCGGAGAAGAAGGAACAGCAAACUGUGGGUAUGGAUGUUGCGUCUAUACUUCAGAGACGUAUUGCAGUAGAAUACUCAGACACUGAGAGUGAAACAGGGUCAGAAUGGGACGAUGAUGACGAAGAAUGGCAGGACGAUGACGAUGAAUAGGGGACCUAUGUGGAUAAAACGUUUUCUGCCCAAGGGAAUUAGUAAUUUGCCUUAAGUGUCAGUUAGGGUCCUUUAUAAGGAGACUAUUCUCUCUGCAUGAUAAUAAGUUACCAUAAAUGGGGAAAAUUUCUAUCUUGAGGCAUUGUUUAUGUUUUGAGAAUACAUUGUAUUACCAGCAUAUAUUUUGUAAGUAAUUAGAUUAUGGAGUUAAAUAAAUUAUAAAUGAACCCAUAAGCCGGCUGAGAAGGCUGCCGAAGGCCUAACUCCAUGUGAUAAAAUGUGGCUGCAGAUGUUUUGGUAGCACAUGAAUUGCUUCAUUUUUGCAGUUUUCUUUGACUUGCCUUUUGGCAUUUCAUCCUCUGCAAAGGAAUCUGGCCUUCAGUAAGCAUUCUACAAGGCUUUAAGUCCUACUAACUCUUCAAACACCCUUCCAAUGUUUGUUAGAGAAUAGAGGUUUCACAUGACAUAUGUGAAUUUUUCUUUUGCAUCUGUUUUUGAGCCUCAUUUUAAUAUACUUUGCUCCAGUGACAGGCUGGUGCACAGUUUUCAUGCCACAUUUUUGUUAUUUAAAAUUACUGUGUGCUGGUCACUCCAGGUUUUUAAAAAAUAUUUCUUGUAAUAUUGUACAUCUUUCUCGUAAUUUCUGGAUAAUAAAACCAUAUUCGAGUACAUUAUUUUAUAGAGUUUUUCAAUGUAAUUUAUCAUAUCAAAAUCAAUAGAUACAUUCAUAAUGGUGUGUAGUUCAGUGUUAAAUUUAUGAUGUUUCAAUACUGGUGGUACAUUUUACUAGGUUCAUCAGAUCUUUUCAAGUACAGACUUUCCUUGUCUGCACUCCCUUGGAAGUGGUCGACUCAUGGCAAAGGCUAGAAACAGAGAACUGUGGAAAAGCUUCAUGAAUAUGACACCUCUUUAUUUAAAUCACCAAAAAUCAUUUUCAAUAUCACUUAGAUUAUCGAGUACAUCUUGAGGAAUGUCAUCGUCAAUAUUAUCAACCAAUUCAGCUGGGCUAAUACGACCAUUGACUUGCACUGGGUCCAUGUUACCAUCGAUUUGUGCCAAAGUGUUACCAUCAAGUUCUGCAAAGAUGUCAUCAUCAUUCAUCAAAGCUUCAAAAUCAUCAUCUUGUGGUGGAUUGUCUCCAUGGUGGUUGCUUGAUCUAUCUUGUCUUGGACCAGUAUUGUUCACCAAUACUUCACCUUCCUUGCCAUUUCUGCUCAAUUCAAGAAAUAAAACUCAGGAAAAUUGCC